AAAGACAAAAUUUUGUAUAUGAUUUUAAUGUGAUUCUCUUUGGUUUUUUAUCCAAGUUGCUCAACUCCAAAACCAAACACUAAUGAAAAACACACACAUAAUAACAAAGUUCCAUUCUAUUCAUCCUUUUAUAACAUCUACUACACCUAGUAUUUCUUAAAUCCAUCAUCAUUCACUAGAAAAAAAAUGAACAUGAGUGCAUUUGAUUCUGAAUGUAGUAGUGGAUGUGAGUCAGGUUGGACUCUAUACCUUGAACAUUCUUAUGGAGAAAAUACUAGAUUCAUAGAUGGAACUCAAGGGUAUUAUGGGAAGUACAAAGACAAAAGAGUCAUCACAAAUGGUGAAAACUACUCUCAAGAUUUAUCCAUGGUUUCUGACGCUUCAUCUGGUCCUCCACAUGUUCCUUAUGAUAAUGAUGAUAAUGGUCACUUCAAUGAAAAACACAAUGGUAAUUCCUUAGUGAAACAAAACAACAAGAGUGAAACAAAGAAACAGAAAGUUAGAGAACAUGUUGAAGAAGAUCAACAGAAUCUUCCUUCUUUUCUUCAUGAUACUGCUAGCUCUCAUGUCUUUGACUUUUCAACUAACAAUGUUAUUGAGACAAAUCAACAAAAUUACUCACAAGGUUACUCAGCAACUAAUUAUUUUGAGGGAAGAUCUUCCUAUCAAGAAGAACAAUUUGGUUUUUUACAACAAUCUCAAUCAGAAAAUGAACUUCAAAGCAACAAGAGAUGGUAUGGAAGAAAAAAAGGUUUUGGAAUGAGGUGAAGAGAAGAAGAGUUCUAUUAAUUGCUGCAUCUACUUUUGAAGUUACUUUGUCAAUGUAAUGGGAAACAACUUGUAAGGGCAAGUUGGUCAUUUUCUUUUUCUUUAAAAAAUGUAAUUUUCUUGUUAAUUAAUGGUGAUUAUAAGUUAAA